GCAGAGGAAGCCCGCGGGAGAAUUCGAGACCUACUGGGGAGAUUACAAGUGGACCAACCCUCUGAAGAUGUCAAGCAUGGCGCUGCUGAAAGGGAGCUCAUUAUCCUACGAAAGCAUGUCGAAGGGGACAAUGAUAUUAUGGCGGAGUUGAAGUCACAA